AUGGGUUUAUCCACUGAUCGUAUUGUUAACAAUCAGGCUUCUACUCUCGAACAUCUGUUUUGUUCUAUCUGCCAUGAAGUAUUAUGGCAUCCUGUUACAUGUGGAACUUGUGAACAUAGCUUUUGCGAAACAUGUAUCAAUGAAUGGUUUCAACAUCAACAACGUUGUCCUAAUACCUGUGAGUAUCAACAACGAGCUCGUGUACCACAUCUUCUUACACAACUAUUAUCACAAUUAAAAGCUACGUGUAAGAAUACAACAAAUGGAUGUAUUGAGAUCAUCCCGUAUGAAGCAUUAGAAAAACAUGAACAAACGUGUCUUUAUGAAAUGAGGAAGUGUCAAGGCUGCUUGAAAUCAAUAUUAAAACAAAAUGUUGAUCAACAUGAAUUACAGUGUGAGUACUUGGAGAUUUUGUGUAUUAAUUGUCAAGCAACAUAUCGUCGACGAGAUACACAUAAUGCAAUAGAAUGUCUAAGAAACCAAAUGAAAAAUCAAAAUAAUCUAUUUGAAUUAAAAAUAACAUCGUUAGAGAAUGAUCUUAAACGUCAAACAGAAUUGUUGAAUAAUAUCGAUCAACAACAGAAAACUUUAAUUGGGCAGUUAGAUAAACAAUCAAGAGAAGCAGAAGGUAGGCAGUGGAUUAGAUAA